GGGGGCCGCCGGGACGCGGCCUAGUCCCGACCUCGACCCGCGUCCAGUCUAGCGCCGCGCGGGGGGUCAACGCGGGGUCGGCCGAGUCAGGACCUCAGCGGCAGAGGCUCCGAAGUCGCUGCGGAGGCUGCGGCGUCGGUGCGGGUGCAGGUGGGCCGCGGCGGGUGUGGCACAGGAACCCGGCCCCGCCAGUGAGCGCUUCGGGAACUGGCUAGCCCUGGACCGCGGCUGCAAGUUGCAGGCGUGUUCCAAGCAGGAUGUACACACUGCUGUCCGGGCUGUACAAGUACAUGUUCCAGAAGGAUGAGUACUGCAUCCUGAUCCUGGGCCUGGACAACGCCGGGAAGACGACCUUCCUGGAGCAGUCGAAAACCCGGUUUAACAAGCAGUACAAGGGCAUGAGUCUGUCUAAAAUCACUACCACCGUGGGUCUAAACAUUGGUACUGUAGAUGUGGGAAAGACUCGCCUCAUGUUCUGGGACUUAGGAGGACAGGAAGAGCUGCAGUCCUUGUGGGACAAGUACUAUGCAGAGUGCCAUGGUGUCAUCUAUGUCAUCGACUCCACUGACGAGGAGAGGCUGUCUGAGUCGAAGCAGGCAUUUGAGAAGGUGGUGGCAAGCGAGGCGCUGGACGGUGUCCCCAUCCUGGUGUUGGCCAACAAGCAGGAUGUGGAGACUUGCCUCUCAAUUCCUGACAUCAAGACUGCGUUCAGUGACUGCACCUGCAAGAUUGGCAGGCGAGACUGCCUGACCCAAGCCUGCUCUGCCCUCACGGGCAAAGGAGUGCGCGAGGGCAUCGAGUGGAUGGUGAAGUGCGUCGUGCGGAACGUCCACCGGCCACCACGGCAGAGGGACAUCACAUAGGCACACCUGAGCCCUGCCUUGGAUGGCCCUUCUACAAGUGCUGAAGAAGCUCGCUCCCCGCCACAGGCUCCUGUGCCAUGGGGCCGGGGGUUGGGUUUGCUUUGCCUUUUGCUUCCUUCAUUUGCUCUGUGUUUUCUGUAAGACAAACUACUCUGUCUGGAAAA